AUGGCCGGCCAGCCCCACACACCCGGAGACGGCGAGGCAGUGAGGCAGUACUUCCCUGCAGGAGUGUGGAACGACCUGCCGCCCAUUGAGAGGAAGAGAUACGGCAGCCUGUACAGAGGCCAUCUUGCCCUUGCCAGAGUGGGACUACCUCACAAACCACCAGACUUUAUGAAACAACAGCAAGAACAACAGCGAAAGCAACAUCAACAAACUCGCUGCCCUGGCAGAAGGCGAAAACGUAAAUAUGGUGAUGAUGAUGACGAUGAUGACGAGUGGACGCCUGAGUGUGAUGAGGCGGCGAGGUGUUCACGUGGUGCUAAGAUGGCCAGCGUGGCUGACAAGCCGCUGAGCGGAGGUCAGGCAGGCGUGGUUGGUCACUGGCGCACGGCGAUACUGGAGCAGCAGGAUGACCACGUCGCCAGGGUGGUGCCCCGCGGCCUGGCCAUGAUGAAGACUGUGUGUAGUGACAGCCUGACACCCGCUGCCAACGGCUGUCACCUUGCUAACAGCCACAAGAACAGCCUGACACUCGCCACCAACGGCUGUCACCCUGCUAACAGCCACAAGAACAGCCUGACACUAUCUGCCAACGGCUGUCACCCUGCUAACAGCCACAAGAACAGCCUGACAUUCACCACCAACGGCUGUCGCCAAGCUGACAACCACAAGAACAGCCUGAUACUCACUAGCAAUGGAUGUCACUCAGCUGACAGUCAAAAGAACGGCGUGACAUCCGCCACAAACGCCUGUUUCCGAGCUGACAACCACAAGAACAGCCUGACAUCCGCCACCAACGGCUCUCACGCAACUGACAGCCUGACAUCCGCCACCAACGGCUGUCACCCAGCUUACAGCCUGACACCCGCCACCAACGGCUCUGACAGCCUGACACCCGCCAUCAACGGCUGUCACCCAGCUGACAGCUUGACACCUGCCACCAACGGCUGUCACACAGCUGACAGCCUGACACCCGUCACCAACGGCUGUCACCCACCUGACACCCCCAUCAACGGCUGUCACCCAGCUAACAGCCUGACAUCCGCCACCAACGGCUGUCACCCAGCUGAUUGCCUGACACCCACCAACGACGGCUGUCACCCAGCUGACACCUUCAAUAACAGCCUCAAGAAAAGCCUGACAAUCGCCACCAAAGGCUAUAACCCAGGUGACAGCCUAAGACAAGCCACCAACGGCUGUCACCCAGCUGACAGCCUCAAGAACAGCCUGACACCCGCCACUAAUGGCUGUCACCCAGCUGACAGCCUCAAGAACAGCCUGACACCCGCCACCAACGGCUGUCACCCAACUGACAGCCUCAAGAACAGCCUGACACCCGCCACCAAUGGCUGUCACCCAACUGACAGCCUCAAGAAGAGCCUGAUACCCGCCAUCAAUGGUUGUCACCCAGAUGAAAGCUUUAGGAACAGCCUGACACCCGACACCAAUGGCUGUCACCCAGUUGACAGCCUCAAGAACAGCCUGAUACCAGUUACCAACGGCUGUCACCCAGCUGAUAGCUUCAGGAACAGCCUAACACAAGGUACCAACAGCUGUCACCCAGCUGACAACCUCAAGAACAGUCUAACACCCGCUAGUAACGGCUUUUACCCAGCUGACAGCCUCAAGAACAGCCUGACACCCGCCACCAAAGGCUGUCACCCAGCUGACAGCCUCAAGAACAGCCUGAUACCAUCUACCAACGGCUGUCACCCAGCUGAUAGCCUAAAGAACAGCCUAACACAAGCCACCAACGGCUGUCACCCAGCUGACAGCCUCAAGAAGAGCCUAAUACCCGCUAGUAACGGCUGUCACCCAGCUGACAGCCUCAAGAACAGCCUGACACCCGCCACCAACGGCUGUCACUCAGCUGACAGCCUCAAACCCUCAACCAACGGCUGUCACCCAGCUGACAGCCCCACACCCGCCACCAACAGCUGUCACCCAGCUGACAGCUUCACACCCGCCACCAACGGCUGUCACCCAGCUGACAGUCUCAAGAGCAUCCUGACAACCUUUACUUAUGUCUGUCACCCAGCUGACAGCCUCAAGAACAGCCUGACAUCCGCCACCAAUGGCUGUCACCCAGUUGACAGCCUCAAGAACAGCCUGAUACCAGUUACCAACGGCUGUCACACAACUGAUAGCUUCAAGAACAGCCUAACACAAGCCACCAACGGCUGUCACCCACUUGAAAGCCUCAAGAACAGCCUAACACCCGCUAGUAACGGCUGUCACCCAGCUGAGAGCCUCAAGAACAGCCUGACACCCGCCACCAACGGCUGUCACCCAACUGACAGCCUCAAGAACAGCCUGACACCCGCCACCAACGGCUGUCACCCAACUGACAGCCUCAAGAACAGCCUGACACCCGCCACCAACGGCUGUCACCCAACUGAUAGCCUCAAGAAUAGCCUGACACCCGCCAUCAAUGGCUGUCACCCAGCUUACAGCCUCAAGAACAGCCUGACAUCCGCCAUCAAUGGCUGUCACCUAGUUGACAGCCUCAAGAACAGCCUGAUACCAGUUACCAACGGCUGUCACCCAGCUGAUAGCUUCAAGAACAGCCUAACACAAGCCACCAACGGCUGUCACCCAUCUGAAAGCCUCAAGAACAGCCUAACACCCGCUGGUAACGGCUGUCACCCAGCUGACAGCCUCAAGAACAGCCUGACACCCGCCAUCAACGGCUGUCACCCAGCUGACAGCCUCAAGAACAGCCUGACACCCGCCACCAACGGCUGUCACCCAGCUGACAGCCUCAAGAGCAGCCUGAUACCAGCUACCAACGGCUGUCACCCAGCUUAUAGCCUCAAGAACAGCCUAACACAAGUCACCAACGGCUGUCACCCAGCUGACAGCCUCAAGAACAGCCUAACACCCUCUAGUAACGGCUGUCACCCAGCUGACAGCUUCAAGAACUACCUGACACCCGCCACCAAUGGCUAUCACCCAGCUGACAGCCUCAAGAACAGUCUGACACCCACCACCAACGGCUGUCACUCAACUGACAGCCUCAACAACAGCCUGACACCCGCCACCAACGGCUGUCACCAAGCUGACAGCCUCACACCCGCCACUAACAGCUGUCACCCAGCUGACAGCUUCACACCCGCCACCAACGGCUGUCACCCAGCUGACAGCUUCACACUCGCCACCAACGGCUGUCACCCAGCUGACAGUCUCAAGAGCAGCCUGACAACCUUUACUAAUGUCUGCCAACCAGCUAACAGCCUCAAGAACAGCCUGACACCCGCCACCAACGGCUGUCACACAGUUGACAGCCUUAAGAACAGCCUGACACCCGCUUGUAAUGGCUGUCACCCAGCUGACAGCUUGACACCCUCCACCAACGGCUGUCACUCAACUGACAGCCUCAAGAAUAGCCAGACAUCCUCUACCAACGGCUGUCACCCAGGUGACAGCCUCAAGAACAGCUUGACACCCGCCACCAACGGCUGUCAUCCAACUGACAGCCUCAAGAAUAGUCUGACAUCCGCUACCAAUGGCUGUUACCCAGCUGACAGCCUCAAGAACAGCCUGACACCCGCCACCAACGGUUGUCACACAACUAAUCAUCUGAUACCCACCACCAGCGCCUGUCAUUCAGCUGACUUCCUGACAUCCCUUUCCAGCGGCAGUCAGUCUACACAGCCACACAGUCUCCCUGUUUCGCCUCAUGCAGAGCGCCUCGCCGCUGCCACAGCCUUGAUGGCGUGGCGUCAGCAGCAAGGCGUGCUCCUGGACACCUUUCUCUCUGCUCUGGCUGACGGGCGCCUGGACCCUCUGUGCUCGUACAUCGAGGGCGUGACGGAGGGCAUGGCGCCGUCACCGCGAGGCAUGACCUGUCGGCCGCUGGCGGAGGAGGACGCUGAGGUAGCAACGGCAGCCGAGGCGCCCAGUCCCGGCGGGUGUGACGCCUGGCUGGGCGAGAUAGAGCAGGCCCUGAGGCACGGCGAGCAGCACUGUCCCCUGGGGCAGGCCCGGGAGGGGGAUAGUGGGGUGGAGGGAGUGACUGUGACGCAGUCUGAGGCAGAGGACACGAAUAGGAGGAAGGAAGACGAGAAGGACAAACAAAGUGAGUUGCGGAAGACAGAGCAGCAGACAAGGACGAAAGACAACACCACAGACGAGGAACUCGAGGAUGAGGAGCAGCAGCACCACCACCACCAGCAGCAGCAGCACGGUGAGGAGAAAGAGGAGGGAGGAGAGAAACAGACAGUGAAAACAGAAGGAAAGGAAGAGGAAGAGGAGACCAAAGGAAAGCAACGGAAGACACAGAUUAAGAAAGAGACGAAGCAGCAACACAAGACCGAAGAACAGGAACAGACAGAGACAACACAGCAGGAAGAUAAGGCUGAGCACAAAGUAAUGAAGAGGACACAACCAUCACCAACAACAGCAGCAGUGGCAGCAGCUGAGGACAAGGAGAACGUCAAGGCAUGCACCACGGACACCACACCACGUCCGCCAACCAGAAGGCCUAUGGGACCCGGGGCCCUGCUACCGCUGUCUGGCCCUGCUAGUGGCGGUGCCCUCAGCCGUCAUCACGCUCAGCAGACAGCGCCGCGGCAGACGAGGACACUGAGACCGAGGAACAGGCGGCAUUACUAUGAGGAAGAUGAUGUUCCCGCCGAGGAUGACUUCCUGUACUGCGAGGACUGUGAGAUGGAGUGGGUGGGAGAGUGCUCGCUGCACCCGCUCACUCUCGUUCUGGACACUCCAGUGUGUCGUGACGGCAGCGUGAGUCAGCGGGCGCGUCUCACCGCUCCUUGGCCCCUCCAGGUGGCACCUUCGCAGGUGGAGGGCGGUGGGCUUGGGGUGUGGACCGCUGCAGACCUCCCGCCACGCCUGGUCUUUGGUCCUUACGAGGAGACAAUAACAUGCCAACUAACCACUGACGCUCCCCGCCGCCCCUUCCUGCAGCUGCGGGGUCAGAGUGAUUCUUUGUGUUGCGUGGACGCCGUGGACCCAACCGUCAGUAAUUGGAUGAGGUACGUGAACUGCGCGCGGAGUGAGGCGGAGACCAACCUGGGGGCUUUCCAGUACAAGGCCCACAUUUACUACAAGACGCUGCGACCCAUUACAAGAGGCAGCGAGCUGAUGGUGUGGUACGGUGAUGAAUACGGCGCAGAGUUGGGACUGUCGCGGUCACAGGUGGCCAGCGAAGCCUGCACACCCGUGGGUGGCUACUCCUGCAGGAGGAGCCGCGCCCCUCACCGCCCCCCGGCAUCCGCCACACAAAUCUUCCCGCUCCCCGUGACUUCCGCGCCGCUAAAGGGUGACGAGGCAGACACAGAGACAGAAGGAGCAGGCAGCAGCGCCCUGCGUAACACAGCCGCCACUCUAACUGGCCCUGUACUGACGGAUGAAGCAGUAGUAAGGGUGACCUCAGGUAGACAGGGUUUGGGUGCCGCAGAGGGAGAAGAGAGGCGUGAGAGAGGAGACGCCGGGAUGAAGGAGGAGAGAGAAAGUGAGGAGAGUGAGGCAAAGAAACGCUUCCUGCAUCCAGCAGCAGAAAAAAGGCGCAGGAGAGGAGACACCGGGAGGAAGGAGGAGAGAGAGAGUGAGGAGACCGAGGCAAAGAAACCCUUCCAAUGUCCAGACUGUGGGAAGAGAUUCAGUCAAAGUGGUAACAUGAAAACACACAGACGCACUCACACCGGAGAGAAACCUUACGAGUGUCCAGACUGUGGGGAGAGAUUCAGUCAAAGUGGUCACAUGAAAACACACAGACGCACUCACACCGGAGAGAAACCUUACGAGUGUCCAGACUGUGGGAAGAGAUUCAGUGAGAGUGGUAGCAUGAAAACACACAGACGCACUCACACCGGAGAGAAACCUUACGAGUGUCCAGACUGUGGGAAGAGAUUCAGUGAGAGUGGUAGCAUGAAAACACACAGACGCACUCACACCGGAGAGAAACCUUACGAGUGUCCAGACUGUGGGAAGAGAUUCAGUGAGAGUGGUAGCAUGAAAACACACAGACGCACUCACACCGGAGAGAAACCUUACGAGUGUCCAGACUGUGGGGAGAGAUUCAGUCAAAGUGGUAGCAUGGAAACACACAGACGCACUCACACCGGAGAGAAACCUUACGAGUGUCCAGACUGUGGGAAGAGAUUCAGUGAGAGUGGUAGCAUGAAAACACACAGACGCACUCACACCGGAGAGAAACCUUACGAGUGUCCAGACUGUGGGGAGAGAUUCAGACACAGUAGUAGCAUGAAAACACACAGACGCAGAUAUCAUUAGCAAUCCUAAGUACUAUUAUUACUACUAUUUAUAUACUACUACUAUUUGCAUAACCAUUGUUGACUUUCUUACUUAUGACGUUUAAUAACUUUCCAGAAGCUUAAUUUCCUCACUGGAAUAAAAACCAGGCUGUUUGAAAAUCUUAAUUAUGUUAUGAA